CCCCGGGCCAGUGGGCACUCCGUCUGGACACCCGGACACGCAGUCCCGUGUUCUGGACCUGGGAAGGCGGCCUCCCUGCUCGUGGCCGCGGCAGCAGUCAGCAGGCAGCUGGGCCGGCCUGGCCGGGCUCCAGAGGCGCGGAGCGGGUUAAACUAUAAAGGCCGCCGCGCCGCGGAGCUGCCACUGGGCUGCGCGCCUCCCGGGAACCCCCUCUCGUGGGUGCUCUUUGAAGUGGAGGAGGGAGGCGGCGAGAGGGAGGAGAAGGAAGGGAGAGAGGCCCAGCCCGCCGCCCUCUGCGCCCCGAGGCUCCCCCGCACCGCGCACCUGGCGCCGCCUGCCCGCAGCAGAGGCUCGGCCCCUUUCGUCCGAGGACAACCUGCUGACCCCCGGCCAGGAUGGAUGGCAGAUGGCAGCCUUCACGCUGGGCCUGGUCCCUGCUGGCUGUGGCACUUGUGGCUGGGGGUGCAUCGUCCACAGGGGCCGUGGUGAGUGGGGAGCACGACCCUUCGCCCAGGUGGGCUGACGCUGAGGGCUGGGCGGCAGACAUGGGGCAGGGGUCCGGGGGUCCUGGAGUGCCUUCCCAGAUCCCCUCCCGCUCCCAGGAACGUGCCUUACAAGCCAGUGAGGCCAGCCCCUGAGUGCGGGGCUCCGGCCGCUCCAGAGUCCUUGCUGAUUCGGCAGGACAGGGGCUGACUGCUCACCUUCUGAGAGAAGCCCCGGAGUGUGGCGUGUGGACGGGCAGGUUUGGGUCCUGCAGAGCCCAGGCUGCUCGGGGAAAAGAAAGGAUGGUUAGGUUCAGCCUCAGGAUCCUGCCAAGCUCCCAGGAUGUUCCAGAUCCCCAGAUGGGGCAGGACCCGAGGCCCACGGCUCCCUGGGAGGUCCCCCAGCGACCGCCCUGGAGAUCUGAGCCUAGGCUUCGAGCAACCCACCCAGGGGGCUGUGUCCUCCUGUCCAGGGCACGGGGACGGCAGGCCCGUCCGGCCAGGUGCUCCAGCCUCCUUCUAACUGUCGUGGGGCCUCUCACCCAGGACAACAGCCCAACAUCCAACAGCCUGGAGGUGGGCACCGAUGCCACCGCCUACUGGUGGGGAGAGUGGACCAAGUGGACGGCGUGUUCCCGCAGCUGCGGGGCUGGGGUGACAUCCCAGGAGCGGCACUGCCUGCAGCAGAGGAGGACGUCUGUCAUGGGCACUGGGAACCGGACCUGCACGGGCACGUCCAAGAGGUACCAGCUCUGCAGAGUACAGGAGUGUCCGCCGGACGGGAGGAGCUUCCGCGAGGAGCAGUGCAUCUCCUUCAACUCCCGUGUGUACAACGGGCGGACGCACCAGUGGAAGCCGCUCUAUCCUGAUGACUAUGUGCACAUCUCCAGCAAGCCGUGCGACCUGCACUGCACCACCGUGGACGGCCAGCGCCAACUCAUGGUCCCCGCCCGCGACGGCACGUCCUGCAAGCUUGCCGACCUGCGAGGGGUCUGCGUGUCUGGAAAAUGUGAGCCCAUCGGCUGUGACGGGGUGCUCUUCUCCACCCACACGCUGGACAAGUGUGGCGUCUGCCAGGGGGACGGAAGCAGCUGCACCCACGUGACAGGCAACUACCGCAAGGGGAACACCCACCUGGGUUACUCUCUGGUGACCCACAUCCCGGCCGGCGCCCGAGACAUCCAGAUUGUGGAACGGAAGAAGUCUGCGGACGUCCUAGCUCUUGCAGAUGAAGCCGGCUACUACUUCUUCAAUGGCAACUUCAAGGUGGACAGCCCCAAGAACUUCAACAUCGCCGGCACCGUGGUCAAGUACCGGCGGCCCAUGGACGUGUACGAGACGGGAAUCGAGUACAUCGUGGCGCAGGGGCCCACCAACCAGGGCCUGAACGUCAUGGUGUGGAACCAGAACGGCAAAAGCCCUUCCAUCACCUUCGAGUACACGCUGCUGCAGCCGCCGCACGCCCACCGCAUCCAGCCCGUCUACUACAGCUUCUCAGAGCCCACCGCAGACAGCACGGAGAGCCAGGAGCUGGACGGGGCUGGGCUGGUGGGCUUCCUUCAGCACAACGGCUCCCUCUACGGCCAGGCCUCCUCGGAGCAGCUGGGCCUGGACAACCGACUGUUCGGCCACCGGGGCCCGGGGAUCGAGCUGGGUCUGAGCAAAGGCCAGGAGACCAACGAGGUGUGCGCGCAGGCCAGCGGCAGGGCCUGCGAGGGGCCCCCCAGGGGCAAGGGCUUCCGAGACGGCAACGCCACCGGGACGGCUCAUGCGGGACACCAGGAUGACCAAGAGACCGGCGCCCAUUUUACCUCCCAGGAGCUCCUCUCGGCCAACGCCAUCUCCGACCAGCUCCUGGACACGGACUCCGACUCCAGGGAGGUCCCCCUCAAUGAGACCAGCAACAGCAUCUUUGCACAGGGCGCCCCGAGGGGCUCCCCGGCCGACAGCCUCUACGUCGAGUACGAGGAGAACGAGGGAGCCGGUGCUUACCUGCUCAACGGGUCCUACCUGGAGCUGAGCACUGACAGAGUGGCCAACACCUCCUCCGAGGCCCCGUUCCCCAACGCCAGUGCCAGCCUCCCUGCCUUGGCUGGGAACAGGACGCAGAAAGCCAGGACCAGGCCCAAGACGCGCAAGCACGGCGUGAGUCCCGCGGACAUGUACCGGUGGAAGCUCUCGUCCCACGAGCCCUGCAGCUCCACCUGCACCACAGGGGUCAUGUCGACGUAUGCCAUGUGCGUCCGCUAUGAUGGCAUCGAGGUGGACGACAGCUACUGCGACGCCCUGACCCGGCCCGAGCCUGUCCAGGAGUUCUGUGCAGGGAGGGAGUGCCAGCCCAGGUGGGAGACUAGCAGCUGGAGCGAGUGCUCGCGCACCUGCGGCGAGGGCUACCAGUUCCGCAUCGUGCGCUGCUGGAAGAUGCUCUCGCCCGGCUUCGACAGCUCCGUGUACAGUGACCUGUGCGAGGCGGCCGAAGCCGUGCGGCCCGAGGAGCGCAAGACGUGCCGGAACCCGGCCUGCGGGCCGCAGUGGGAGAUGUCUGAGUGGUCAGAGUGCACGGCCAAGUGUGGGGAACGCAGCGUGGUGACCAGGGACAUCCGCUGCUCGGAGGAUGAGACACUGUGUGACCCCAACACCAGGCCUGUGGGGGAGAAGGACUGCACGGGCCCUCCUUGCGACCGCCAGUGGACAGUCUCCGACUGGGGGCCGUGCAGUGGGAGCUGCGGGCAGGGCCGCAUGAUCAGACACGUGUACUGCAAGACCAGCGACGGACGGGUGGUGCCCGAGUCUCAGUGCCAGAUGGAGGCCAAGCCUCUGGCCAUCCACCCCUGCGGGGACAAGAACUGCCCCGCCCACUGGCUGGCCCAGGACUGGGAACGGUGCAACACCACCUGUGGCCGAGGUGUGAAAAAGAGGCUGGUACUGUGCAUGGAGCUGGCCAACGGGAAGCCGCAGACGCGCAACGGCCCCGAGUGCGGCCUGGCCAAGAAGCCCCCGGAGGAGAGCACGUGCUUCGAGAGGCCCUGCUUCAAGUGGUACACCAGCCCCUGGUCUGAGUGCACCAAGACCUGCGGGGUGGGAGUGCGGAUGCGAGACGUAAAGUGCUACCAAGGCACCGACAUCGUCCGGGGCUGCGACCCGCUGGUGAAGCCCGUUGGCAGACAGGCCUGUGACCUGCAGCCUUGCCCCACGGAGCCCCCAGACGACAGCUGCCAGGACCAGCCGGGCACCAACUGCGCCCUGGCCAUCAAGGUGAACCUCUGCGGCCACUGGUACUACAGCAAGGCAUGCUGUCGCUCCUGCCGGCCCCCCCACUCCUAGGCCCGGCGGCCGCUCCUCAGAGACCGAGCACCCCAUCCCUGGGGCCGCAGCAGCCCCUCCACGGACACCCUCCCUGCAGGGCGCCCCGGCUGUGAAGACGUGACACUGAGCCCCUGCUCUCUCCCCGGGCAGGAGAGCCCCUCCCCUGCCCCCCAACCCCCGAGCGCGCCCGCCGGCCCUCCCAGGACAGAGCCGGGAGGACUGGCGCGUUUGUGGCUCCCACCCGGGGGCCUGGGAACAUCCUCUGUCCCUCCAGGGCUGUGGGGGUGAGGAGAGGGGGAUGGGCAGCCAGGGAGACGGGGCGCCUGGGAUCCUGAUGCUGUCUAGGUGACUCCUUCCGGAGGAAUUUUAAUCUCACGACGUAGCAUCGCUCGCCUCCCUGAUACGAAGCUCUUGGCACGGAGGGACCCACCGCACUUUACGCCUGGGAAGAGGCGUUUCUCGCGGCACCAUGGCUGUGCUGUCGUCCGUCAGUCCUCUCUGUGCGUUAAUAAAGUGGUCCUAUUUAUGGCGGCA